CCCUGCUUGCACGACUUUAUUACGGCCUCAUCCGUUGCGAAUAAGUCAUCCGUGGUUUUGACCAGUCUUCUUUUCCGCCUCCGGCCGGGGAAAAACGAGAAAGGGCGCUGAGCCGUCUAGGGAGGAAGAGACCGUCCGUGUGGGGGCUCCCAAACUUCGCUUUCCCGUUGUUCCGAAUUGAAAUCGGAUGUCCCAAUCCGGAGUGAAGCGGUGGCUGAGAUCCUUUCUAAGGAAGAAGGCGACCAUUCAAGACCUGCCAGAGGAGGUCCUCCUAGAUAUUCUGAGCAGGGUCCCCAAGAAAGACCUGAUCCUGCACUGCCGGCUGGUGUGCUCCCUUUGGAGAGACCUGGUGGACCAGCCUGCCCUGUGGAGUCGCAAGUGUCAGCAUUUAGGGUUCAACCCAGCGGCAUCUGGUGGCCCCAUCCAGGACUGGAGGACCUUCUACCUUCACCACAGCACGCCCAACCUCGUCAAGAACCCGUGCGGGAAAGAAAAUCUGGACUUCUGGGACCUUCGUAGGACCAGCUGGAUGACUAUUUCCUACAACUUGCCCUUGCUCCAUAAACAAAUCCCGUGCCCCCCUCUGGAUGUGGAGAAAUGCUUUGUAGUCGCUGGUCCUCUUAUAGGGCAGGGGGUGAAGAGCCAGCGCAUUACCUUAAGGGACGAAGGCUACUCGGAUCGGCUGAUGGAUGAGACCAGACCCCGGAUUGUGGUGAACGACUGGUUUUAUGUACACUGGUUAGGUCAUGUUGAACUUUGUGUGAAGCUACUGUCUGCAGAUUAUGAAGUCCUUCAAGAAUGUCAACUAAGUGGAGAACAUGGAUCCUGGUGUCAGGUCUCCCACAUUUUUGACGACUACCCGCCCGGCAUCCGGCACAUUGAGGUGGAGCAUGAGGCCAGCUACUAUAAGUGUGAUGUGGAAAUAACCGGUACAAGCAUCACGAUUGACCUAGAGGCCCCAGCACCGAGAGAAGGGUGCCCCAAUCCGAGCACCCUGCCUUUGCAAGAUUCCUUUUACAACACCCUCCGUUCUCUUCAACAGCUUUUCCGACAACUUUUCCCAGAGCGAACAGUGAAGGAAAGGGAUCCGAAGCCAGGCGAGAGAGAGGCGGCGAAGGAAGUUCCGCCCGCCGGGGGCGAUGCUGUCUCCGGGGCGGGUGCUGGGGACCCUCCGGACGCCCUGCCCUCCUGGGCGGAUCGGGCUCGAGAAGGAGAAGCGCCUCUCCGCCGGUCCCCCUUCGCCGCCGUUGGCUGGCCUGGACCCACGCCGGGCAAUUCCCACGAGACUCUAGGGGUGGGGGCGCCCGGAACCUUUGCCAUUCCCACCCGGUCCAGGAGGAAGACCACCACCCUGGCCGCCUUGCCGGACGACGUUCUCCUGGACCUUCUGGCGCUGGUGCCUGGGAGAGACCUGGUGCUCAGCUGCCGCCUGGUUUGUCUGCGGUGGCGAGACUUCGUGGACCUGCCGGGCCUCUGGAGACGCAAGUGCCAGCGUCUCGGCCUCCGGCCCCCCAAGGCCGAGGGCGGCUUCCGGGACUGGAGAGCUUUCUAUUUCCACUGCAAUGGGGGGAACCUCGUCAGGAACCCCUGCGGGGAAGACGGGUUGAACUCCUGGACCCUCCCUGAGCUUCACUGGAGCGUCUCCCGCCUGAUCCGGUUCCGCGAGAGUGGCAAAGAACUGCCUCGUUUCCUUCCAGGCGUUCAGAAGUGCUUCGCCCUCAUCUUUCCGCUGACAUCUAACCCUCAGUUGAGCCGGAAAGGGGUUAGCACCAAAAGCCAGCUAAUCAACUUAAGAGAAGAAGGCUAUUCAGAUCAGCUGAUGGACAAGGCCAGGCCCGAGAUUACUGUGAAGGAUUGUGUGGUCGGCCUCCCUUCUCUCUGGAAGCGCAAGAGCCAGAAGGACGGGUUCUGUCCCCAAACCGCGGGGAAGGAGGUCCCUGACUGGAAAAUCUACUAUAUCCUUUGCACCCGGAAGAGGAAUUUAAUCAAGAACCCAUGUGCAGAAGAGGGCUUCAAUUCUUGGGUGAAAGAAGUAAGUGGAGGAGACAAGUGGAAAAUUGAGGAGCUGCCCGGAGCUCACGGGAAGGCGUUCCCUCUUCCGCACGUCCGGAAAUAUUUUGUCACCUCUUAUGAGCCCUGCAUGAAAAACCAGCUCAUCACCUUAAAAGCCGAAGGUUACGGGAAUCAGCUGAUGGAUGAAAUCCGGCCAGAUAUUGUGGUGAAGGACUGGUACGCCGCCCGGUUUGAUUGCGGCUGCAGCUACCAGCUGUGUGUCCGGCUCCUCUCAAAAGAUCACCUAGUCCUUCAAGAAUUUCUGCCUGAAGAAAUUAUCAUCGAGCAGUGGAGCAACGCAGAGUGGCGGGAGAUUUCGCACACGUUUCACAACUAUCCUCCCGGAGUCCGAUACAUCCUCUUUCAACAUGGAGGCCAAGACACUCAAUUCUGGGCAGGCUGGUACGGCAUCCGUGUCACCAACAGCAGCAUCACGCUCGGCCCCGAAGUGGCAGACUGAAGGAAGCCCGGAUCUCGUUUUUUAGAAGCCCCUUUUCAACCUAUACCGUUCAUGGCUGAAAACCUCCCUUCCUGCUUGAAUUUGCACACAGGUGUGGCCUUAAUUAGAUUUUACCUGUCUGCUCACAAGAGCAGGGUUUGCUGAUGGGUUGGCCUGUCAAUCAGGCUCCUCCUAAAUCUCAGGGCCUUGGUUGGCUCGCUCUGGUGUCAGUCAAGUCAGUUCCACUCCAUAGAGCAGGCCACAGCCCUGAUAGGCUAGCCCCUGUGUUGAUCAGGACAUUGUGUCCAUGCAGGGCUGUGCACAGCCCUGAUUGGCUAACCCUUGGGUCAAUCAAGAGGCUCUUUCUGCUCCUUUGGAGAAGGCAUUUCACAGCCCUGAUUGGCUAACCCUUGGGUCAAUCAAGAGGCUCUUUCCACUCCUUUGGAGCAAGGCAUUUCACAGCCCUGAUUGGCUCCCCUUUCCGUCAGUCUGGCAGCUCUUUCUGCUCCUUAGACCUGGGUUUCAUGUGGCCCUGAUUGGUUAGCCCUUAUAUCAGCUACAGCAUGUGUGACUCCUGAAGCUCACACUUUUCUCAAAGCUAGAGAAGAGAAAGGGGCUGGCAUGUAAAUACCAGUUUUGUUUAAGGGGGAAAACUGUUGUAUAUGGCUGUAUAAUAUCUUUUUUGUUUAUCAGGUCAGUGAAGAUUUUUUAAAAUUGCACCGUUCCUCCUAGGCCAGCUGCCAGAGUCACACUGUUCAAUGCACCUCAUUCAAAGAGUCCUAUUGUGAUUUCUGCUUUUUCCUAUUUCCGAUGUGGCCGGUUGCAGAGACAAUGUAUAAUUGUAUAGCUUUUUUUGUGCAGUUCUGAAUAAAUAAAAAUCAAAAUACCUCA